GAGUCAGCAAAGAGGCUGAGCCGGCUUAGAGCGGAGUGUGUGCCAGGAGGAUCCGAGCAGAGCACUGUCAGAGCAAGCAUCCGAUCCCUGGGCAGACAUCUAGAAAAAAAUCAAGAUGGAUUUGUACGACCCUCAGACUUUAGGCGCGAUGGUGUUUGGAGGUUUCAUGGUGAUAUCGGCCAUUGGCAUUUUCCUGGUAUCUACUUUUUCCAUGAAGGAGACCUCCUAUGAUGAAGCGUUAGCUAAACAACGCAGAGAGCUGGAGAAGGGCCAACAACCGAAAAUUGAAAAGAAGAGGAAGGAUAAAAUCCCUGAGAAGAAAGGAAAGUCUAAGAAAAAGGAUGAUAAACCAAAUGGUAAAAUACCCGAACAGGAAACUUCUUCAGAAAAUGAGCAGAAAAAAGAUGAAUCGGAGCCUGAAGUUGAAGUAGAGGAGGUGAAGGUUCAAGAAACCCCUAAAAUACCAGCUGUGGUCCCAGCUCAAGUGAAAAUGGCACCUUCUCCUAAGGACAAGAAGAAAAAGCAAGACAAGAAGGCCCAAAAGGUGGAACCAUCCCAGAGUCCAGUGGUGGCCGUGACCAAGCCUGUCUCAAAGCAGGCUCCUGUUUCCGAGGCUUCUUUAAAGGUAGUGCAUGUGGCAGCAGUUUCUCAUGUUGGAUCUCAGCCAAGUUCCUCAUCCCAUCCACCUAAAACUCACUCCAUCUCUCCAAAAUCUCAGUCCAACCCACCAGCAAGCGGCAGCCACUCUGGUAAAACUCAGUCAAAUGCAGCAGUCACUAGCACUCACUCUGGUAAAACCCAGUCCAGUCCACCUGCCACCAGUGCUCAGUCUGCUAAAUCUCAAUCAGGUCCAUCAGUCAACAAUUCUCAGCCUGCCAAAACACAGUCAAGCCAACCAGUCACCAAUACUCAGUCUGCCAAAGCUCAGUCAAGCCAACCCAAUGCCAACCUUCAGCCUGCUAAAGCUCAGUCAAGCCAACCAAGCGCCAACCUUCAGCCUGCUAAAGUUCAGUCAAGCCAACCAAGCACCAACGCUCAGUCUACUAAAGCUCAGUCAAGCCAACCAAGCACCAACUCUCAGUCUGCUAAAACGAAAUCAAGCCCACCAAACUCCAACCCUCAGUCUGCUAAAGGUCAGUCAAACACCCCAGCGACCAAUUCUCAUUCUGAUAAAGUGCAGUCAAGCCAAUCGGCCUCUAACUCCCAGUCUACUAAAACGCAGUCAAGUCCACCAACCACCAAAAAAACCGAAGCUGUUGUGAGCCGUGAAGAGCAAAAACCUGAACCUGCUCCAAAAAAGAAGAACGUGCCAAAGAAGAAAGCCGAGCCAGUUUCCAAUGACUUGGAUGGCGCCCUGUAUCUUCCAUACAAGACAAUAGUGUCCACCAUCAGCAGUAUGGCCUUCAGUGAGGGAGAAUCACAGAAGCUUAUUGAGAUCCUGAUUGAGAAAAAUGGCAUCAAGCAGGAUACUUGGCAUACGGCCUCUCAGAAAGGAGAUCCAGUUGCAGCUCUGAAAAAGCAGUUGGAAGAGAAGGAAAAAUUACUGUCAGCAGAACAAGAAGAUGCAGCGGCGGCUAAAAAUAGACUGCGGGAGAUGAAUAAGGAUUUGGCAGCUGAGAAGACGAAGGCAAACAGCGCUGAAUCCAAGCUGAAGGAGCAGAUCUUGUCUCGAGACCAGGAGAUUAAUGCGUUGCAAGCCAGAAUGCAGGCCAGUUAUAAGGACCAUGUGGAUGAAAUCCAGCAGCUACAAGGAAAGGUUCGUGGACUUCAAGAGGAGCUUGAGAACGGUCCUAAAGCACAACUCGCUCGUCUGCAGCAGGAAAAUUCUAUUCUAAGAGAUGCACUAAACCAAGCAACCAGCCAAACUGAAAGCAAGCAAAAUGCCGAGCUGGCUAAGCUUCGUCAGGAGUGCAGCAAAUUGACCAAAGAGCUCACAGAGAAGACAGAAGUUCUGCAGCAAGAGGAGCAGCGGAGGAAGAGCCUGGAUGGAAAAGUCUCUGCAUAUGAGAAACAGGUCUCCCAGCUACAGAAUUUACAACAAGAUAGUGAAACUACCUUACAAAAACGGUUGGAUGAAGUGAGUGAGGAGCUGCGGAAAUCCCAGAACAGUUACAAAAAUCUUCUGGCCGAUGCAGAAAAGGGAAAAGACGAACAGAAAAAUCUGUCGGAUCUUCAGACUAAACUGAUGUCUUAUGAAAAUGAAGGAAAGCAGAAAUCAGAGGAAGCGGACAGACUAAACCAAAAACUUAAAGAGGUCUCUGGUGAGAACAUCCAGCUUUUGGAGAGGAUAAAAUCCAUUGAAGCUCUUCUGGAAGCAGGACAGAGUAAUGACACCGAGACAGACAACCAGAUAAAGGAAACGAAAGAAUCUGAAAUUGCACAGCUACAUUCCAAACUUCAAGAAAAAGAUACUCAGAUUUCCUUACUGGAAAAGGAAUCGAUUGAACUGAAGGAAACAAUCGAACAACAUGAAAAUAAAAAUAAUGAAAGUAAAGAAUCUGAAAUUGCACAGUUACAUUCUAAACUUCAAGACAAAGAUACUCAGAUUUCCUUACUGGAAAAGGAAUCAGCUGAACUGAAGGAAACAAUCGAACAACAGAAAAAUAAAAAUAAUGAUCUUCGAGAGAAGAAUUGGCAGGCUAUGGAUGCUUUGGGUUUGGCAGAAAAAAAAUGUGAAGAGAAAGUAAAUUCAGAGAAGAAAGCAAAGGAAGACCUGUCACAGCAGCUCAGCGGAGUUCAGAGUCACACGAAAGAAACACUCAUGUCGCUGUUCCCACAAGUUACUGUGGAGUCACACCAGCUGUACAGUGAGUGGCUUCAGGAGUUCAGAGAAAAGUCAUCCGACUUGCUGAAGCAGCUGAGCCAGCCAGCAGACCAGACAGAUUCAUCUGAUUCAUUGCUUAAACUAAAAGAAGCAGAAGACGCACAGGUCUCCUUGCAAGCAGAAUGUGAUCAAUACAGGACCAUCCUGGCUGAGACGGAAGGGAUGCUGAAGGACCUGCAGAAGAGUGUUGAAGAGGAGGAGCAGGUUUGGAAAGCAAAGCUAGAGGCAUCUGAGGAGUCGCUCACAAAGUCACAAAUCCAAAUAAAGACCUUGGAAGAAGCAGUGGAAAGACUGAAAUUAGAUGUCCAAAGCACGGAUCAGCUCAAGGAAUGCAUUGCUUUAAUGGAGGCACAGCUGGAGACCCAGAUGAACACUUCUAGCACAGAUUGUCAGACUUAUUCCAAAGAGGUGGAAAUUCUGAGACAGCUUUUGUCAGAAUCACAAGAACAUCUGGAUGCCACAAAAGUAGAAGCCAGAAAACAAAGCAAAGAGCUUUCGUUGCUCAGACAGCAGUUAAGUGAAAUGCAGAAUCAUGUGCAUGAUGAGAAAGAGUCCCAUGGUGUACAAGAUCAUCAGCUGAAGGCUCCACAACCAAGUUUGGAUGAACAGACUGAUGAGCAGACCAUCUCAGCAGACCUGGAAGAGAAAUCCAUGUACAGUUUGCAGCAAGAGCUGGAGAAACUGAAAAGUGCAGAAGAAAGCUCAACAGGCCCAGAAGAAGCACAGCAAAUGAAGGAAAGACUUGACAAGGAAAAAAAACUAACACGGGACUUAGGUCAAGCUGCUAACAAACUAUUACAACUCUUCAAGGCUGCUCAGGAACAACUUGCUAAGGAAAAAGAGCACAAUAAACUGCUGCAAAGCCAACUCAAAGUGACGGACCAAGACCCAACCAUCAAUAGUGGAACAUCCGUUUGAUCCUAAAUAACUUUUCGGUUAGGGCUUUAUUUUUAUUUUUAAACCACAAUGCCUUAAACAUUCCUUUCCUGAGAUUCCAAAAAUAAUUUGGUGAGCCAAAAGCCUCCUGAAGUUAAUGUCUUACUUAUAAUGGCAUACUUUUUUUUUUUUUUUAACAAAAAUGACAUUCCAAUAUAAAACCACUGACUGUGUCAGUACGCCAUACCAACAUUUCCACCUUUUCGACUGACAGCCUGAAGAGAUUACUAGGAAUAAAAAAAAAAGGGACAGACUGCGUACUCUGCUAUAGGAAUCGGUGCAAUUUAUUAAAUAUAUAUAUUUUUGUGGAGUGAGCGAAGAAUGAAUGGACAUAAACCUGGCAAUUUAUAUGAAGAAGAUGCCAUACUGUAACUGGUCUCCAGUAUAAAAGUCAUGUGAAUUGUUGGUUGCCUAAAUGCCAAUAAAAUAUUGAUAUAGCCAUGAA